UAACUGUUAUUCAUUAAUUUAUUGAUAGGAAGAGGUGUGUUUGCAUUGGAGCCCAUUCAUAAAGGUUCAUUCGUUUUGGAGUACAGAGGAGUUUUGAAGACGACUGAUAAGACUACAGCGUGGAAUGAGUAUACAUACGUCUUCAAACACAAAGGAACGGAACAUUGCAUUGAUGCUUCAAGUGAAGAUGGGACACUUGGCAGACUCGUGAAUGAUGCUGAAAAACCAAAUGCAAAAAUGAAAAAAAUAGAGGUGGAUGGUGUACCCAGUCUGUGUUUGUUUGCCAUUGUUGACAUUGAGGAAGGGCAAGAAAUAACCUAUGACUACGGAGGAGAAAACCUGCCAUGGCGUUCUUCCCAAAGGCAUCAAAUAUCCAAGCCUAUGGCUCCAAGUACAGUAGAGAAACCUGUUCUCCACACACCAGUCGUCUCUCCAUCUACAGGCGACAUACCAUUCCUUUCCUCCACUGUGCUCCCUGAAGAGCAGCAAGCCAAGAGGCCAGGGGGUUGCAAUGAUGAUUUUGAAGAACAGAGAGGAAGGAAGAGAAGAAAGCAAGAUAAUUCAGGAGGAAUGAGGAAGAGAGAGAUGGAUUGCAAGAAACAUCGUGUUGUGAAAGAGAACUUGGGCUCAUUUGAAAAAUGCUCACUUUGCCGUGGGCCAUUUUCUUCAUUGAAGUGGUGGGGGCUAAGAUGUGAAGUUUGCACCACUGUCUGGCAUACAUACUGCUUUCACUCCAAAGACAAAAGACAAAAGACUUUGCCUAUGGCUCCAUGUACAGUAGAGAAACCUGUUCUCCACACACCAGCCGUCUCUCCAUCUACAGACCACUCAACUGUCGUCUCUCCAUCUACAGACCACUCAACUGUCGUCUCUCCAUCUACAGACCACUCAACUGUCGUCUCUCCAUCUACAGACCACACACCAGUUGUCUCUCCAUCUGCAGACCACUCACCAGUUGUCUCUCCAUCUGCAGACCACUCACCAGUCGUCUCUCUAUCUGCAGGCAACACACCAUUUCUCUCCUCUACAGUGCUCCCUGAAGAGAAUAAAAGUGACUUCAGUGAAGAGGAGCUAUCGGAUGAUGUAUCUGAUCCAGAAUACGUUCCAGGCUCAGAAAGUGACACAGAGGAUGAGGAACCAAUAAACAGCUUGGCAAACCCAACAUUACAGGUCGCUGAAGAAUCACUAAUGGAUACCUCUAUGAACUGUAAUGUCACAGAUGACACCCCUAACACUGGACAAUCUUGCACCAACACAGUACCUUCAACCAGUGUUGUAAAAGCAGGACAAAAUUUCUGCUUCAUUUGCAAGGAUUUUCAUUUCAAAAUAGCGCGGCAUUAUAAAACUCACAUAAAAGAGAAUUCUGAUGUUGCAUAUGCCCUUAGUCUCCCAGCAAGCUCAACAACUAGGAAGAAGCUUCUAGAGAAUCUUCGCAACAGGGGAAACUUUGAGUAUAACAGAGAUGUGCUGAAAAAAGGAAGUGGUCAGCUCAAAGUGAAGCGCAGAGCCAAGAAGGUUGAAUGCAAAAAAUAUGAAUAUUGUAUCCAUUGUAAGGGUAUGUUUUUGCGACCAGAACUAUGGAGACAUAUGAAAAGGUGCUCCUCCAAACCAGAGGAACAGGAUCAUCAAGGAAGAAAAAGAGUGCUCGGCCUAGCAUCUGCAAUCCAGUCAGCAUGUUCAAGCACAGUUGAUGAUGGGGUGCUUAAAAUGUUAAGCCAUAUGCAUGACGAUGUCAUUGCAAGUGUUAUUCGUAAUGACUUCUGCCUUCUUCGGUAUGCUGACACCCUUUUCGCAAAACAUGGACAUGACCCUUCAAAACAUGACUAUAUCCGCCAAAAAAUCCGUCAGCUGGGAAGAUUCCUGCAAACCAUUCGCAAAAGGUCUUUAAUCCUAACCUUAGAGGAUGCCAUAAAACCAGGUAAUUUCAUGGAAGUAAUUGAAGCAGUAAAAGAAACAGCAGGAUUUGAUAAAGAAAAGAACUGUUACAAAACUCCAAGCCUUGCACUUAAAAUUGGACACUCACUGUUGAAAGUGAGUGACAUCAUUCAUUGUCAUGCUCUUAUGGCUGGAGAUGACAACUUGAUUAAAUCCUCAAAGGCGUUUCAGAAGCUUUAUACUGCAAAGUGGUCGGAGUACAUAUCCCACUGUGCCUUAAGCACCAUUAGUGACCUGAAAUAUAACAAAACAGCCAAAUUACCGCUCACUGAUGAUGUAACGAAAUUUAACAAGCAUCUUGACAAAACUGUUGAAUCAGCAACUGCUGCAUUAAAGAAGGAGACAACAGUGCAGAACUACUCCAGCCUUGCAAAAGCCGCAUUGACCAAGAUUGUCCUUUUCAAUAGAAGACGUGUUGGGGAGGUCUCAAAGAUGAAACUGAGACACUUUCUGGAAAGAAACAAAGAAACAAACACCCUUGAUGAAUUGGGGCUGUCAGAGUGUGAAAAGAAACUCUGCAACUAUUUUGAGCGUGUUGAACUAAAAGGAAAAAGGGAUAGAAAGGUAGCAGUGCUGCUGACACCUAAGAUGGUAAAUGGACUCAACAUUAUGAUUGAGAAGAGGAAAGAAUGUGGUGUCCCAGACCAAAAUGAAUACUUGUUUGCUGUACCAAAUUGUCUGACUUACUACAGAGGACAUCAGUGUCUCAGACAGCUCGCAGAUGAGUGUGGUGCCAAGAGGCCAGAGUAUCUACGAUCAACUCAACUGCGCAAAGACAUAGCGACCACAUCACAAAUCCUGAACUUGAAGAGCAAUGAACUAGAUCAGCUUGCUGAUUUUAUGGGGCACGAUAUAUCAGUACAUAGACAGUUCUACCGUCUGUCAGAGCCUACCAUACAGAGUGCCAAAAUUCCAA